AUGGACAGUCCGAAACAUCGACUGCUCCCCAGGAGCAGCGGCCUUGCUGCUGCUCCUGCUGCUCCUGCUGCUCCUGCUGCUCCUGCUGCUCCUGCCUGUGCACCCGCUGCUGCUGCUACUGCAGCAGCAGCAACUACUGAUGCUGCUGCUGCUGCUGCUGAAAACGCAGCUGGCUAUCUUCAAGAGGAGGCAAGGACCUCUUCUUUUGACUCGUGUGUAUCUGCUCCACGAUCCUCUUCUGCGAGCAGCAGCAACAGCAGCAGCAACAGCAGCAGCAACAGCAGCAGCAGUCCGCACAGCAGCAGCAGCAGCAGUGGCAUCAGCAGCAGCGACAGCAGCAGCAGCCACAGCAGCAGCAACAGCAGCAGCAGCAGCAGCGCCGUGUCUCCCUCAGCCGCACCCGCGCAGGUUCCUCCCAUCGCUGUCUCCGAGAGCAACAGCAACAGCAACAGCAGCAGCAGCAGCAGCAGCAGCAGCAGCAAAACGAGCAGCAGCAAACGGCCUUGCGCUGUGUUGAAGAGCAGCAAAGGAGGGGCCUGUCCUGCUGCUGCUGCUGCUGGCGACUUCUGCAAACCUGCCCCCCAAGCCCCGCCCUACUUGUGCUUUUGUUUGGCUGACGACGCAGAAGCAACAGCCGCACUCCAACUGCAGCAGCAGCAGCAGCAGCAGCAGCAGCAGCAGCAGCAGCAGCUGUGCCUCGUCCCCUCCCCCCCCGCCACCGCGUUAUCCGACGGCUCGCCAGUGGCAGGCGAAGCAGCAGCAGCAGGCUGCUGCGGCGUGGGGCGGCUGGUGGGGCUGACAAUGGCCCUCUUUGUGGCUCUUCAAAUUAUUUUUAAUAUUGAUAAUGGAAUUGUUCCUGCUGUGCUGCCGCAGCUGUGGGAAGAAUUCCGAAUCCCAGACUCCCAGCAAGGUCAGCAGCAGCAGCAGCAGCAGCAGCAGCAGCAGCAGCAGCAGCAGCAGCAGCAGCAGCAGCAGCAGCAGCAGCAGCAGCGGCGGCGGCGGCGGCGGCGGCGGUGGUUUGCUGCUGCCGCAGCUGCUGCUGCUGUCUGCGCUGGCGGGCUGUUGGGCGCGUUGCCGUACGUGGGCACGGCGUGCGUGUCUCCGUUGAACUCGCGUUUGCUGCUGCUGCUGCGGCCGAAGCUGCUGCUGCUGCUGUCGCUUUGCUGCAACGCAGCAGCUUGCUGCCUCUUCGUGGGGGCCCCCGGGGGCCCCUCUCUUCUUGCUGCUCGCUUCCUCGUGGGGGCCACUCAAACCCCUUUCUUCAUUUUGGCUCCAGUUUGGAUCGACGCCUUCGCGCCGCAGCAGCAAAUGACCCUCUGGAUGGGGCUGCUGCAGGGCUCCGUCGUCCUCGGCAUCAUGCUGGGAUAUCUUGCUGCAGGUUUCCUCCGCAGCCAGGGCAAGGACUGGCGAAUCGCAGUGUACAUACAGCUGGGGCUGCUGCUGCUGCUGCUGCUGCUGCUCUCUUUCCUCACGCCUUCCGUGCUGGACACAAGCAGCCGCCGCCACAAGCAGCAGCAGCAGCAGCAGCAGCAGCUGACGGGGGAGGAAGCAGCAGCAGCCGAAGGCGGCAACCGGGACCUGCAUUUUGAAGCCGACCAGGAGCAGCACGAGCAGCAGCAGCAGCAGCAGCAGCAGCAGCAGCAGCAAGAGGCUGGGGGUCCCACUUCAGAAAUCUCCACGCCGCAGUUUGGUCCAGGGGGAGAGUCGCUUGCUGCUGCAGCGUGUGCCUCUUCUGCUGCUGCUGCUGCUGGCAGCGCUGCAGCAACCGCAGCAGCUGCUGCAGCGUCUGCUGCUCAGAGCAGCGCUGCUGCUGCUGCUGCUGCUGCUGCUGGGUGUCCUUCCACGGUCUGCGCCUCCCCGUCCCCGCCUCCGUGCAGCGGCUUCGGCGCUGCUGCUGCUGCUGCUGCUGCUGCUGCUGCUGCUGCUGCGCCCCACACAGGGCCGCUGAGCGGCAGCAGCACGCCCUCAGGUGUACGUACACAGUGCCUGCUCUGCAGCAACUUGGUCUAUCCGCUGCUGCCAGCAAUUGCUGCAAUGGCAAUAACAGCAAAUGCAGAAAAUAAGUUUUAUGGAGGGGCAAGAGAGUCAAGAGAAGCAGCGCCGCGGCGGGCUACGCACAGCAGCAGCAGCAGCAGCAACACCCGCAGCAGCAGCAACAGCAACAGCAGCAGCAGCAGGUGCGCCCACUCCAAGCGGCUCUACAGAUACUUCAGCGCCCCCGCAAAAACCCCAGAAGCAGCAGCAGCAGCAGCAGCAGCAGCAGCAGCAGAAGGGAUGCAGCCAGAUAAGGGCUCCCUUAGGAUUUGCUUUACUUGUGACCAGCUGCCGCUGCAGCGGGACCUGCAGUGCAGCAGCAAAACGCCACUGGGGAGCCUGCUGCAGCAGCAGCAGCAGCAGCAGCAGCAGGGGCCUCUGCUGUGCCCACAGGAGGAAGCAGAAAGGCGCAUAAACGCGGGAAUGGCAGCAGCAGCUGCGGCGGCAGUCGCCGACGUAGCUGCUGCUGCUGCGAUGACUGCAGCAGCAGCAGCAGCAACUGCAGCAGCAGCAGCGGCGGCCACUGCUGCUGCGGAUGCUGCAGCAGAACAAGCAGCCGCAGAUGAAGGCUCAGGCAGCACCAGCCGCCAGUCGUGGUCAGUGCCUCUGUCCUUCCCGCUGCAGCAGCAGCAGCAGCAGCAGCAGCAGCAGCAGCAGCAGCAAAAGCGGAAGCAGCUCGAGCUUGCCAGUGACCCUGAAAGGGUGUUAUCGCUUGACGGCGCAGCGGGAGGGUCCACUGCGCUGCCUGCCGCUGCAGCAGCAGCAGCAACAGCAACAGCAGCAGAUCGAGCAGCAGCAGACCCAGCAGCAGCAGCAGCAGCAGCAGCAGAAUCGCCGGGAGACGAUCUGCUGUCCGUGGAGACGAUCCCCGGCGAAGGCAUUUCUGUCUCCUCCCCGCAGCAGAGCCAGUUGAGGGGCCCCACAGCUUCCAGGCCAGGCAGCGCAGCAGCAGCAGCAGCAGCAGCAGACACAGCAGCAGCAGCAACAGCAGGUGCAGCAGCAGCAGCAGAAGCAGCAACGGCGGAAGAAACGACCUCUUCCAAACUGAGGUUUUCGCUGCCUGCCUUGCCGGAGGGCCAAGCGGAGCAGCUGCAGCAGCUGCAGCACACGCAGUACACGCAGCAGCAGCAGCAGCACAUGCAGCAGCAGCAGCAGCACAUGCAGCACAAGCAGCGACUGUGCAUGCCCCACAGACUGCAGCAGCAGCAGCAGCAGCAACUCGAGCAAAGCAUUGCUAUCUUUGCUGCUCCCAGCAGCAGCGGGCCCUUGAGCUCCCGCAUAGUAACCUCCCUUGAGCUCCACAGCGCCGACAACAGCAGCAGCAGCAGCAGCAGCAGCAGCGACAGCAGCAGCAGCAGCAGCACUCAAGGAGGCAUCAAGCACUGGUUUAUCCAUCAGGCCAAAACUCUCGUCGCCAAAGGCGCAGUUGGGAUUGAGCUGCUCAGGAAUCCAAUAUAUGGGUUAGUGGUUGCUGCUCUUUGUUCCCUCUUUCUUGAGGUGACGGCGAUUCAGUUUUGGUCCACCAAAUACUUUGAACAGGUCUUGAAGGUGCCGACGGCGACGGUGCUGCUGAGUUUCUCGCUGAGCGCAGUGACUGCGCCGCUGCUGGGGAUUCUGCUGGGGGGGCUGCUGGUGGACUUGUGGGGCGGCUACGGGGAGCAGCAGCAGCAGCAGCAGCAGCAGCAGCAGCUGGUGUGUCUGUGUCUGCUGUCGGCCUUGGCAGCUGGCUGCGUGCUGUGCGGCUCCGUUGCUGCUGCAGCAAAGUCCUUUGCUGCUGCACUAGCAGCAGUUUGGGCUGUGCUCUUCCUCGGGGGAGGCAUUCUCCCCCCUGCAACGGGACUUGUUCUUGCUGCAGCACCAGCAGCAAAACGAACUGAUGCUUCUGCUGCUGCUCUUUUCCUCUACACUCUCUUCGGCUACGUCCUCGGCUCUUUCCUCCCCGGAGUCCUCAACGACCUCCUCGGACUCGCCGCAGGAAUGAAGGUGUCUUUGCUGUGGUCUGUCUUUGGACUUCUGGCAUUUGUUGCUGCUACAAUUGUUUCGUGGAAGCAGCAAAAGAAGCAGCCAGCAGCAGCAGAAGCAGCAGCAGCAGCAGCAGCAGCAUGGCCAUCCGAGGUGCCCCGCAGGGGCCCCCUAGGGAAGCUCUUAAGAAAACUCAGAAGGGGGCCCCCCAAAGGGGCCCAGCAGCAAAACCUUGGGGGGCCCCCCGAAGGGCCCCUUGAGGGGCCCCCUAGGGGCCCUCUACAGGAAACUGCAGGGGGCCCCUUGCUCCCAAGAGGGGCCCCUUAG